UUUCCCGCCAAGACGCGCGCGUUCGGAAACAAGACGAAUUAAUAGAAAACUAUCCCGUUUGUUUUCAAUUUACGAUUUCCGUUUAAUUUCAAUUAAAACGUCGUAAUUUAGCUGUUAAAAGACAAUAAAAUGAAGUUUUUCACGUGUCUAAUGUUACUAUUGUUCAUACGAAACUCAGUGAAAAGUGAGAAGCCAUUUAAAAGUGUACCAGUGACUGUAAAAACUUAUGAAAACGAUACAGUGUUGUUACCGUGCUAUAUUGAGGGGAAUGAGGGCAAGCUCCGCAUCCGCUGGUAUAAAGACAAGACACUCCUGGGAGACAGCCACACUCCUCAAGAGACCAUGCCGCCUAGAGUACAGAUGCACUCUAACUACAGUCUGCAGGUCGACAACCUUCAAACCCAGGACACCGCUGACUAUACUUGUGAGAUCAUUCGACCGGAGCCUUGGGGUCCAAUAAAGCAGACACACUCUAUUGAAGUGUUAUAUUCCCCAACAGUAAAGACGAUACCAGAAGAUGGUUUCCUGGAAGUUCGCAAGGGGGAUUACGUGGACAUCGGAUGUGAGACCACGGGCACACCGCCCCCUAUUGUGGACUGGAGGAAAAAUGGGGAACCCAUGGCGUUAUUAGAACAUCGCUCCCGCAUCAGAUUUAGGGCUGAACAUCGGUUACUGGCAGGGGUUUACGAGUGCAUCGCCAAUAAUGGAGUCGGGGAGCCUGCCAGAGCGACUAUCACUGUGGUUAUACAAGACGCCCCAGUAGUGACAUCAGACCGUACCUACGUGCACACUGCAAUAGGACUCCGAGCUGCCCUAGCUGCUAAGCUGGAUUUCGCCGUGCCACCAGCUAGAACCGCCUGGUACAGGGACGGGAGACCAGUGAGGACUGAUGAUAGGAUAGUACAAAUGGUACAUGACAAUGUACACCACCUGAUCUUCAGGAGCGUUAGGAAGACGGACUUUGGGAACUACACGUUUAGGGCGGAGAAUAAAUUGGGCAUGGCUGAUCUCAUGUUCAGGUUAACUGGUGUUCCAAACGCAGCCUCAUUCAAAGUAGAUGCUACCUUAAACAAAGCCACAGCAACCAGCUUCACCCUGAUCUGGGAAGUCGACUCUUAUUCCACCAUCAUUGAGUACAAUCUAUGGCUCCGUCCAUACUACGGUCGGUUGGUGACUUCCGAACCGGAUGCCUUCACCACGGAACCGCCCGCCAACCACUGGAUCAAGAUUGUAGUGCCCGGAGACUCUAGUGAUGGACCGAUUCACAGUGCAAUCUACACCGUACGAGGACUAACGCCAUCCACGGUGUACGAAGCUAUCGUCACGUCAAGAAACAGGUUUGGUUGGAGCAAACCAUCUUCGAUAUUACAUUUUGCUACGGAGCCGGGAGGUAGGACAAUUGCAAUUUUUGCUGGUCGCACAAGACCAUCAACAGCAGAUUAUUCAGAAAUAACUCCAAUACUUGUUGAGACGGUACCGGAGCCUCACAAUAUUUCGCAAGCUCAAGUUUUCGAACGCCUCAACGAACUGUCAAGCGGAGCGCGGGAAACUACAUCUUUGGCGGCCAUUUUAAUUUGUUAUUGUAUUUUGUUUAUGUUUAGCUGAGUUUCUUCUUGUUAAUAUUUGUAGAUAGGUAUUUAAUAUGUAAUUAAUUAACUAUGGUUUAUUGAAAAUAAUGUUACGUGUUAUCUAAUAUGCAGGUAUCUGAAACCAGUGACUUGUACGACAAUAAUUUUAAUUAAGAUUGUUUUGUAAAUGCGAAUCGAUAUUCAAUAAUCAGGUAAUAAUGCGAAACUAGGUAUUUUUUAUCUCUAGGGCAGUCUAAGGAUAAUUUGUUAAAGAAUCCUGCCAAGAACUAAAAUCUCUACGACAGUUUAAGAUUAAUAGGAACGAAAUAACUUAAGAUAAAAUAAUAAUUUAUUUAUAAUUGUUAAUAAUAUUAAUUUUAGUUAAUUUGUAUAAUUUAAAUAAAAAAAAUACAUGUAAAUUGGUAAAUAAUGCAUGUAAAGGGAUUGAAAUUAGCUAGGAACAAAUAAUUGAAUUUUAACAAAGGUUCCUGUAAUGUAAAUAAAUAGUUUUUAACA